CGCUCCCAGCAGAGAACGAAAGCGCACCACACGAGCACACGCAACACAGAGCUCUACUUGACAACAAAGCACCGCGGCCAAAGCACCGCGGCUACCCUCGAACACUCACCACCCCACACAGUAGCCUCUCCUCAGAUCAACAUGGCCGCCGCUGCCGCCUGCCCAGUCAUCGGCUCGACCAACGAUGUCCUCCCGCCCAACCACCCCGAGGUCGACCUCACCAAGGAUGGCCAGACAUGCCCAGUUGUAGGCGCCACCACCGACCACCACCACAACCUCCAGAAGCACCCCUCGGUCCCGAUUCCCGAGCCCAAGUCUCCCCUCGCGACCCAGUGCCCCGCACUCAAGAGCGCAGUCCAGGAACCCAAGAGCCAGGCUAUGGACGAUGCAAUCUGCCCCGUCGUGGGGACCGCUACCACGAUCCUGCCUCCCGACCAUCCCGAUACCACCAAAGCACAAGAGGGCGACGUGUGCCCCGUGACAAAGGCCUCCGUCGGCCACCACAAGCAGAAAGUGCAACCGCACCCCAGCCUGCAGGCUGCAAGCGAUGUGGCCGUCUGCCCGGUUACCGGCCAGCAUGGACCCGCGCAUGCGUAGACGUGGACGGCCGUUCCUUCAUACUUGGAUAACACGGAUGGGCAGAUUGAGGCGUUGGAUGGAUCUUUGGCUUGCGACGUUUGUUAUGAUCAUGACACGAAUGAAGGCCUCGACGGGCUUAACAUGACCACUGCCUAAGUAUGUGACACUUUCACACCGUGAUGUUUGGGCUAUGGCAGUGUGCGACACGGGGAGUCUCGAGGGGCACAGUGCAAUGUAAGAGUCCGUAUAUUGAUCGUCGUGUUGAACAUCAUGAUUGGUAUUGCGCAACUAUUUGCAGCCAUCAGUGCAUCG